AUGUCAUUAUUAAAUGCUUUUAUUGACUCUGUUGUUUGCGUUGGAUUUAGUUCAGAACGUGGAGCUGCGUUAGAUCUAGAAUCUAAGACUAAUGGAUCACUUUUUACAUCUUCUUUACAAUCAUCUGUAUUAGCUAUUGUUACAGCUGACCGUGCUAUAUAUCCACAAUCGCGAAGUAGUGAAUCGAUUGAUCCAUUUUAUCCACCGAUAGGUCGUAUAAGUUCAUAUUCAAUUACACAACCAUCUAAUAAUUCAGGUCGUACAACACCUAUAUCACCAUUUGGUAUAAAUAUAAGAACUUCAAAACAACAUAUAAUACCCAUAGUUUAUAAUAAUCUACCACUUUUUUGUUUUCCUGAUGGUGCUCAAGCAACUUAUGAACAAGCAAAUGAACGAAUUCAUCAAAUUGUAUUUACACAAGAAGAUGGUAAACGUAGUUAUGCUGUAGUACUUACAUGUCAACAAUCAUUUAUUCUUAAAACAAAUAAACCAGAUGAUGAUGGUAUAUAUCAGAUAAAUGAUGUUCAACGACCAUUAGUAACUACAAGACGACCAAGUAUAUCAAAAAUUCCAAUAGCGAUUGAAAAAUUAAAACCUACUUUAUCAUCUACACCUGUCACUAUAGCUCCAGCUGCGUCUCCGGCACCCUCAACCCCAGCAACAGCAUCGAAGACGCGUUCGAAAAAAAUGCCUUCAUCAUUUCAUUUUCCUGAAACACUUUCUGGUAGUAGAUCACGAUCAACUAGUUCGAGUGAUUUAUCGAAACAACCUCAUUAUGUAACACCUACUCUCAGUAGUUAUAUGAAAAAUUUAUCACCUUCAGCAACACCUCCACCUACUCGUAUGGUUCGUACAAAUAGUCAAAAUAAUUUAGCAGCUAUGAGUGGUAAUACUCCAAGUACUCCUACUACAUCACGAGGACGUUCUAAUUCGAAUGCAUCUCAACCACUACCUUUAACUACAGCACCAUCAUUACCAACACCAGUAUCAACAUCAAUAUCAACAUCAGUACCAACAUCAACAUCAAUACCAACAUCAAUAUCAACGUCAAAACCAAUUGAUACAACAAAACCAUUCUAUUUACCACAUUGUAUUGUUCUUAUAUCUUCUCAACCAUAUUGGACUGAAAUGCAAGAAACAAUUACACUUAUUCACGAUGAAAUAAUGCAAUCGAAAAUUGAAUUAAAUUCAAGUGCAUAUAGAUUAUUAAUACAAAAAUAUGCAUUUCUAGCUUGUAAUACACCAGUACCACCAAUACCAUGGGAACGUUUUUCACUUUCAUUUAGUUUAACACAUAAUCAAUCUGUAUUAUUAUUUGAUCCACCAAUUAACAUCAAUCGUACAGUACUUGAUUUAGAUUUAUCUAUUCUUCUGUUAACACUUAGUAUUGGCAAAUUACUCGAUGUAUUAGCAGCAAUAUUUACUCAACAACCAAUUAUUUUUUUUAGUACAAAUUAUUCUAAAUUAGUUACAACACUUGAAUGUCUUCUUUAUUUAAUUUAUCCAUUAAAAUGGAUUAAUAUUUAUGUUCCACUUGUACCUAAUGGUUUACGUGAUCAUUAUCUUGAAGGUCCACCAGGUGCAUAUAUUAUGGGUACACAUUCACGUCAUCAAUCCAUUGUUGAACAACUUGAUAUAAGUUUAACAUGUAAUUUAGAUAAUGAUAAAAAUAUUCAUGUACCAAAAGAUAUUAAAUUUCAUCAAAUACCAUCAACUAAACUUCAACAUUUUAUUGGUCCAAUAACACAAUUUCUUGAAGAUAUUAAAGUAUCACGAUCAUUACAAAAUGUUCAUACACCUAUACGUUUACGUAUGGAUCAACAACGUGAAUUUGAACGUAAACAACGUAUAGAAACAAAUCAAAAGAUAACAAAAAUAUUUCUUGAUUUAAUGGUUGAUUUAUGUGGUGAUGCAUUACAACCAAUCUAUUGGAAAGUCAAUCAUCAAUCAAGUCCAACAAAUACAUUAACAAAAUCAUCAAAACGUGAAAGAAAAAAUUCAAUUCAUCCACAAGCAAUAACAUCAUUUAGUAAAGAACAAUAUUUAAAUUCAAAAGCUGAAAGUAUUGAAUUAGAUUUUUAUCGACAAUUUGUUGCGAGUACAGCAUUUCAACUUUUUCUCGAAGAAGAAUUAACAUCAAUAACACCGACGAUAUUUAGACAAAUUUGUCACGUACAUUUAUUAUCAAAUGAAGAUCAACUUUAUCAUAUUGAUCAUACAUUAGAAGAUAUUGGAAAUACUGAAAAUGGAUCAACAACGACAUUAUGUGAAUCAAUGUCUUCACAAAUGUUAUUACCAUUACCAAAUUGGCCAUUAAAUAAAUCGACACAUUAUUUAGAUAGUUGUAUUGAAACAUUCUCUAAUGAAUUACAACAGGCACAACAAGAACGUUCACCAGCUGUAAUUGCAAUCUAUGCUUAUCUACGUGGUUGUGCAUUAUUAGCUCGUGGUAAUUUAAUUGAUGGUCUUCGUGAUCUCUAUUUAAUUGAUAAUCCAAAUUUAUUUCCACGUGAUUUUAUUGAAAAAAAUAUCGUUCCUCGUUUAUCUGAUGAAUGUUUACUUGAUUUAUUUCUUCAUGAAAAAUUCUAUACAGAAUCACCGGAAUGGAAAAAAGUUCAAACACGUCCGACACAACGUAUGUCAAAAAUUGAUCUUGAUGAAAGUGGAAAUUCAUUCGAUGAACAAAUCUCUGAUAAAUCAUCAAGUGAUUUUGAUUUAAGUAAUGAAAUGAUUGUUGUUGAAAAUGCUCUUACAUAUGAACAAUUUUGUGAACAUGUAAGUCGUUUAAGUAUUGCAGUUGAUAAAGAAACAGCAGAAAAAUUAUUCAAUGCUUUAUUAUAUUGGACAGAUAAUUCAAUAAUAAAAACUUUAAAAAAAGAUAAAACAUUAACGAAUAAUAAUACAAAUAAACCAUCUGAAACACUUAAACCAUUAGGUAGACGUGUAUCAUCUGCAAGUAUUUCAUUAAAAGAUACAUUAACUAUGCUUAAUGAUCAUAAACGAGAUGGUCAAUCUCCAAAUGCUUCACCAAGACCAUCGACACAACAUAAUUCAACUCUUCCUGCACAAUUAUUCGAAUCAUUUCUUGAGAAUUGGCAACAAACAAAUGCGGAAAAAAUUCGAAUGAAUUCUUGUUUACCCGAUGAUCGACAAAAACAAGAAUCAAUUUUAAAAAUUUCAACGUCUGGUGUUGUAUCAAAAAAAGAUGGUCCAGGACAAAUAGUUUUAACACAAAAACGUCUUUAUUUCAUACCGGAAACACGUUCAUCUGCACGUCUUCUUACUGAACUUAUAAAUAUAAUAUCAAUUGAUAAAUAUCAACAUCAAACAGUUUUUUCAUCAUCAAAACCAGGUAUUAAAAUCUAUACAAAAUCAGCUGGAGCAAGUACAUCAUUACCACGUGAUACUAAUGCAACAUUAAAAGCAAAAUCUUCAUCAUUAGAAAAAGAUUCAAAGAUAUCAAUUAGUUUAUUUUUUAAAAAUAAUCAUGAACAAGAAUUAUGGUAUAUACUUAUUAUGGAAUUAUGGUCAGGUUUAACAAUUGCGCAUGAACAAUGUGAUACAACUGUACUCAAUAAAGCUUCAAGACAUAUUGCACUUAUGGAUACAUUAGCUAAUAUGGAUUAUGAAGAAGAAACAAUGACACCUAUUGAUAAACAAUUAUUAAGUUCUCGAGUCAAAUCAAAACAACGUCAUAAUGAAGCAAGUCGUGAAUUGGCUUUGAAUGAUUUAUCAACAUUUACUCGAAUGCGUCAAACUGGUACAUUUAAACCAUUAUCGGAUGAAACACGAAAUGUUCUUACUCGUCGUUUAUCACCAUCAAUAAAUGAAAGUGAACGUCAUGCUGUACGCUGUCUUGUAUCUAUUGAACAUCCAGAAAAUGGACGUUCAUCACUUUGGUGUUCAUACGGUUCCAAACUUAAAGUAUUCAAUGUAGCAACAUGGAUAUGUGAUCCAACUGAUAUAUUAUUUUCAUCGGAAAUAACAUGUAUGUGUCUUGAUGCACGUCAUAAAUUAUGGGUUGGUUGUAUUCAAGGUGAAUUAUUUGUUGUUGAUACAAUUACACGUACUUGUGGAGCACAAUUAGCAACAAUUGAGGGUGAAGGUGGAUGUCAAAGUAUCGCAUUUGAUACAGUACAUAAUCAUAUUUUAACUGCUAAUCGAACAAGUAAAGUAAUUUUAUGGAAUGCAUCGAAUUGGGAACGUUUAAGUGAUAUUAAUUUAUAUGAUAUAUAUACAACAACACAUAAUAUUCAACAAAGAACAUUUAAAAGUGAAGGAGUAGUAACAUUUCGUAAUCAAGCUGGACAACCAACGAAUGAACAAAAUAAUAUGUCAAAUAAUUCAUCAGGUAGUGGAUCAGCUCAAGUUACUCCAUCACCAACAGAUAAACUUGAACGUAUACAAAUUUAUGAAGAUCUAUUAUUUGUUUGUUAUCGUGAUGAUUAUAUACUUGUUUUACGUAAAUCUGAUUCAAAUACAUAUAUGUAUGAACAUUUAAUAUCAGUUAAAUAUAAAACAGGUGAUUCAACACCAAUUGAAUCAUUUCUUGUUUAUAAUAAACAAUUAUGGAUAUCAACUGGUUGUAUUAUUCAUAUAUUCAAUAUAAAUAAUACAAAAAAUAAAGAUUUAUAUGAUUUAUUAAUGAAAAAACCAGUUGAUGAUGAUCAUCUUAUAACAAUGUUAGGUUUUUCAGGUUAUAUAUGGGCUGGUUCAUUACGUGGAAAUGUUUAUGUAUUUCGUAUGGAUAAUUAUGAAUUAUAUAAAACAUUUGCUGGACAUCGUGAUAGUGUUUAUAGUAUAUGUCCAAUGUUAGAUAUGUAUGUUGUUAGUGGUUCAGGACAAAAUGAUACAUCAAUUGCUAUUUGGGAAAAUAUACAAACAUCAAAUGGUACAGCAUCAUCAACUACAAAUGCACCAGCAAAACGAUCAAUGUUCAAUACAUCAAAAAUUCCAAAAACAAAUGAUACGAAAGGAGACACUUCUAAAUCUAUUGAUAUGUUAUAA